AUGUUCCGAACGAUGGCUGGAAGUGCUGCACUCACACAAACUAUCCGCAUGACGAUGGAUCGCAAUCUUUGCAGCGCUUCGGGAAUUGCAGCUAAACGGUUAACCGGAAAGGUGGCCGUCGUAACCGCCUCUACGGAAGGCAUUGGUUAUGCCAUCGCAGAACGUCUUGGGCAGGAAGGAGCGAAAGUGGUCGUUAGUAGCCGUAAGCAACAGAACGUCGAUCGUGCCGUGACAGAGCUUCGAUCAGCUGGUGUAGAGGUGUCCGGAAUUAAGUGUCACGUCGCUAAUGCAAACGAUCGGAAAGCGCUGUUCGAUCAUGCAGCGCAAACGUUUGGUGGCAUCGAUAUUCUCGUAUCGAAUGCAGCGGUGAAUCCGGAAGUUGGAGGUGUGCUGGAAUGCAGUGAGUCUGCAUGGGACAAAAUUUUCGAGGUCAAUGUGAAAUGUUCCUAUCUGUUGGCGAAGGAAUCGUUACCGUUUCUUCGCGAGCGAAAGGGUGGCAGUAUCGUAUUUAUUUCGUCUAUUGCCGGCUUCCAACCGUUCCAACUUUUGGGUGCAUAUUCCGUCAGCAAAACGGCACUGUUCGGAUUGACUAAAGCUGCCAGCCAGGAACUGGCGGCAGAAAACAUCCGAGUGAAUUGCAUAGCACCUGGGGUGGUGCAAACGAAAUUUGCCGGAGCGUUGCAAGAAUCGGAUGCCGCCAAAGAAGAAACAUUGUCACGUAUCCCAAUGGGUCGCAUCGCACAACCGAAGGAAAUUUCGGGUGUUUGCGCAUUCCUUGUGUCGGAUGAUGCUAGUUACGUUACCGGAGAAACUGUAGUAGCAUCCGGAGGUAUGCCAUCUCGGCUGUAA